CUCCUGCAUGCAAGCGAGCCCGUGCGUCGACCGGUCCAAGAAGGCGACCGAGGUCCGGCGCGAGACGCACCUGUCGCCUGCGCACGUCGCGCUCUCCUCCAAGCUCCAGGCGCAGUUCCAGGAGGCCGACUCGGACGACGACGACGCUUCCCAGGACUGGUUUGUGAACGAUCGACCGGUGCCCGAGAAGACAGAUGCACCGCCGGCCGACGCAACGGUGGUCCCCGCACCGCCUGUCGAGCCCGAGAAGCGUCGGAGCGUCAUCGUCGACGCCGAGGACGACGAUGUCGCACUGCGCAAGAGUCCGCUGGGGUUUCUGCAUUUGAGGCCCGCGGACACGGGCGUGCUCAUCAUGGAACUCUGCCUCUCAGACCAGACGAUGCUCAAGCAGUACGGCGCCAAGUACUUCAAGAUCUACCUUCCGCAGGUCACCGAGACGCAGCAGGACUUUUGCCUCUACGGGCGGAGCUGCGCCAACAAGCUCAAGAUUCGAUUCAGCUUGAGCGAGACCAAGGCGUGCAAGCGCAACAACCCAAGCUACGCGGGAAAGCUCUCGGUGGCACCCACGCCCCUGGGCAAGCGCUACAAGAUGGUGUGCCCUCACAUCAAGCAGCGCAGCGUCUUUACGCUCGAGCUGCGCGACGGCAAGCAUGAGCUGGAUGUGCAGCUGCAACCUCAGAACACGCUCAUGAGCUUGCUUCGAGGCAAAGCCGCGCCCAAGGACGCCACCCAGACCUGCUCCUCAGUUCUCGAAAAAUUCACAAACCCGCUCGUGGACGUCAAGUGCCCAAAGACUGCAACGUCGUGGCUGCGCAUCGACAAGGAAGGGGACGCUGCGGCGAGCAAGUUCUUUGUGCACUACACCAAACCGUUCUCCAUGUUUCAGAGUGCUGCGAUCGCCGUCGCAGUGCAAUCCAACUUGCUCGAAUAAGCGCAACAAAGACCAUCACCAGCAGCUAGUUGACCAAAUUUGACGCCAGAUUCAGACAAAAUGAUGGCGCGUGCUUCGA